UCUACAUCUAUCCAUCUUCAGGCCAGUUAUUCUGGUCAGCAGAAGCCUACAGCCCAUCCUGGGCAACACAGUACAGCCUGGAUGGGACACCAGUCCCUCUCAGGGCAUACACAUACAUAGACAUGUUCUACAGAACAUUUACAGACAUCAAACAGUCUAAGUGCAUGUCUUUGGAAAGCAGGAGGAAACCAGAGACUCCGGAGGAAACCGACACAACAUAGGCAGGAGAUGCAAACGACAUGCAGUGAACAUACACAAAGAGAGGAAAUGGGGCUCAAACCCCCAACCCCGCAGAUGAGAGGCAGAAUGCUCAAAGCUCAAGGUAUCAUCAGCAUUUUUCAAACAUGAAGACACUUGCCACGUUUGCCUUAUUAUUCCUGUGCCUCAUUUCUGUCCUUCGGCAGGUACAAACGGCUCCAAUUUUCCAAGAGGAGAGCGAAGGCCUCAUUCAACGGGCCAAGCGAUCAUUGCUAUGGCGCUGGAACACUCUCAGACCCAUUGGAGCCAGUUGCCGCGACCACUCUGAGUGUGGAACUAAAUUUUGCAGGGCGCAAACCUGCUCUUUCCAGGUUUUUUCGUCUUAAAACAGGGAGGGAAAAAUCCUGCUUGGGCCUCCUCCAAACAAGAAGCUCACAAACUGACCCUUUUUUAACAGCCUCCCGCUUCAAACAUCGCCGGAUGUUUCUUUAUCAUCAUUCAUUAGAGACCUCACUUUGAGAGUAAUAGGAGAUUUCUACACAUUGCUUUUCCAACAUCACUUAAAUUUCUGAUUAGAACCGUAAACAAAGAUAUUUGACAAAUAUAUAUGUGACAGAAAAACAGAACCUAAAAUAUCUUUCGAAGCACUGAUGUACAAUCAACGCAUUAUUCCGGAUUCCUGGAAACACAGACAGUAAAUACACUUCAAUUUGAUUUGUAAUAUCAGAAUUUUCUUGUAAA